AUGGUGAUUGUAAAGAGAAGGGAAGAGGACGGUCAAUUGCCACUGUUAAUUCUACGUCGGGGCUACAGUCAGAACUCCUCGGCUCUACAUCAACCCGGCUUCAAUCCCAACUGGUGGAGGGUACAGCUUUUCUCUCGUAACUUUCAACUACCCAGGAGUCAGAAAUUCGAUUUAGUACAUCAACGCCUUCACAGUCCAUAUCAUUAUCUCUUUUUCAACCGUGCCCAGUCAUUCCACAACCCGCUAGAUGACUUUCUUUCACCUCCAUGGCGAAAGUAUGAGACACAGUCAACUCUGGUCGUACGAUUUUGUCUCAACGACAACGGUUUCCAGAUGCCAGACAGUGGACUCGCCGUCUUCACCACCCUCCUCAAAGCCAAACUCGCUUGUAGCAUUAGACUUCCAACCUCUCGAAACUCGCACGCCCUCUACACACGCAACAGUAACUUCCAUGGCCCACAACAUGCGGGGGUGUGUCUGGGUCAUGGCUGUGUGUGCGAGUCAUUCACAGUCCGGGGCGGCUGGACUGGUUGUCAGGAUGGUGGUGAUGUCGUGACCGCACGGUCCGUCCCACGUGUGUGCGUGCGUGUGCGCCUCCAAACAGUAGACGGGAUGCGAGAAGCCCAACGAGGGAGUCUCUCGGACAUGGACUCCGCGAAUUCUUUAGCCAUCCACCAAAAAGUCGGCCUGACGUGUUCUAUGGCCACCAGUGGAAAGGCAUGCGGAGAGUACGCAGCGCAAGAAAGCACCAUGAUGUUCCCUUUGAUUCGUCCCUUCGCCAGCCUUCUGCGUCGAGACCAGGAAACCGAUUCACUCGUAACAUUUGACCGCAUUGUCACGAGUGACAGUUUCGUUGGACCCGACAAGGACCUCUUUUACGUGGGACUGUUCGCCUCGACUGAAACUUCAUCACCGUCACAGCUAUUUCAACAGUCUCUGCGGCUGAUGGGAUCACCGGUGGCGUUGUGUAUCUUUCGCGCCUCUGAUUUAAGUAGAAUGGUAACACAGGCGCCAUUAGCUGUUCAGAUGCGGAAUGAACCUGUGAGAAAGUUACUUGAAACCAAUCGCACGGUUGGUGGUGCUGUGGAAGAGUCGUUGCGUUUCUUGAGGCUUAAUGGCAGCGCAGAGCAACUUGAUUCAUUGCAGGGUAUCGUUUGCAUACCUUCACAUCGAGUAGCUAGAUCUCAGGCUCAAAGCAAGAAUCAGUCCUCUGCGGAUGAGGGGUUAAGUCUGCCAGAGCAAUGCAAACAAUCGGACAACCAUGCCCUCAUUAAGGGGGUAUACCUCCAGCAACCCUGGAUGCCAGCUGAUGGCGGUGAAGCGAUUGCCCUUCUCCAGACCAAAGAUCGCUUCGUUGCCAUGCUCGUAGACACCGUGAAGAGGUCGCCCGUCUCGCCUAGACGCAAACUCAUGCAGGGUCGUGAAAUUUGUGUGCUCUAUCUUCUAACAGAAACUUGUCAACUGAUAGUGUUUCUGGUAACAAAACGUGGUCUUUUCUACGAGCAUGAAUUGGAAGACAAUGUUGAGUCCGUGGCAUCAAAUCUGAAAAACCUUCUCAUAUCCGGUGGCGUUGAAGCACUCUUUUUCAUUCACUUCUCGCCUUCUUUUACCUCUUCUCACGUGCAAAUGGAAUUUGCGUCUUCCGGUGAAGUGGUCAUUUCUGAUCGUCAUCGUUUGGCAGUCGUCGACAUGAAGGCGUGCUUCGCUGCCAGCUUUUAUGACAAAGAAGGAGUUGCUAUUGCCAAGUACUUGUCUAUAGAAAGGGACGCGGAUGCAUUUGCUACCCAGGUGUUUCGGUGGCGGACGGUGAAAUUUGUAUGUCAACUGCCUUAUGGAAGACCAAGAUCCAGUGUCACCUUUCCCCACUCCAAAGGCAAUAUAUUCACUAAUGGAAGUGUUGUCACUCCCUCUUCCUCCCUCUCCUCCCCCUCAUCAUCAUCUACAGAGAAAACCUCUCUCCUUCUGGUAGUAUGGAUCCUCUCUGUUCUCUUCGUCGGUUUAUCAGUCGCUUGUCUGCUUAUGGUGGUGGCACUUCUUAGGCUUAAAAGCACCUAUGCUAAACAAUGCCAUCGGCUUCAAGAUUCAAACGCCAACUCUGAGUCUCUUUACCAUCAGAACACCCAUCAAGGUCACGAAAAGUUUAGCGAUGUUAUCAAUCUUUCCCAGACCAGUGUUGUUAUGGAACCAGAAUAUCACUUCUCCUCCAUCCUGCCUCCUGAGUCCAAGGAAAAUGUAGUGGGGCCUCUAGACGUGUUGGCGGUCCCAGAGGCUCUUCCAAAGAUUCACACCUACACAACGGCUACGCACAUCCUCUUGAACUCACCCUCUCUACCAAGGCAAACGCUCCUAUCCGCCCAGGAGAGGCGAGAAGUCAUCAGUCUGAUCCACAAGUCCCGCCGCAGAGUAGGAGUACAAUCCACAGAGGCUGAAGUGACCGCGUUGGUAAAUACACAGUUAAACUAUCGUCUUCGACGCUCCUACGUGAUCAGUGCUUGA